AUGAGUGAAUCUACCCCGAAAAUUAAAUUCAAAACCUUACCAUUACCACCUAACGUGAUAGGUAGACAAAUGAAUUUUGGAGGCAAUAAUCCUAAUAUAGAAACGGAUCAGACUAUUAAAAUUCAAACUGGUAACGCGGGCGAUGUACAGACAAAGGGUGGACCGAGUAGCUCCAAGUCUGUGCAGACCCCUGCUGCCCCAGUCUUAGUCAAUAUUACCCCUCUAACUCCCAUUGUACCCUCAAAAAGUACAGGCACUCUGAGAAGAGUAAACAGUGACCCCAGAAUAAAAAUUCAUGUAAACAAAGGUGACAUACCCAAUGGCAUAGAGAAAAAUAUUCUAGAGUACAACUCGAGUAGUGUAACCUCAGAGGAGGAACUCAAUGAUGCAGAAGCAAGAAGGAUAAGAUUCGAAAAGCGUUUUGAUAACCUGCCACACUCACCUAAUAGCUUUUUUGAAAUUAGAAAUGCGGCAGAAAGAGCAAAAUAUAUGGAAGAGCACAAAAAUGAUGAGCAAUUCGAUAAGAACAAAGAGGAGCCAUUCAUAAUGCCCAAAAAGUUCAGUAGUAACUUCCAUAAACUGGUAAGAGAAAAGUCCAAACAAACUAUUACUAAAACUAGUAACACAUUCCAAGCACUUACCGAUGAAUCUGAAUCUGAUUCGGAAUUAGAUGAUGAAAUCGGUAAGAUAGUUAAGAAGAGAAAGAAAAAGGGCCAAAACUUUAGACCAUUCAAUGUUGAUGAGCAAAACAAUAAAGGAAAGCAAAAUAAUGACGUAACGGACAUUACAGUGAACAAAAACCCCAAAAAUGUUCCUAAGGAUACGAACCCAGGUAACAGUAAUAAAAAUACCAACGCAAACAGCAAACAAAAAACAACUAUGCCCCCUAUUGUGAUAGAUGGCAAGACAUCAAAUCACAGUGGGCUUAUCCAGGAUAUUAAAGCCAUGGUGCGAGGAGAAUUUAGUGUAAAGCACACUAAUUACACGACAAUUCUCUUCGUAGACCAGAAAGAAGAUUAUGACAGAGUCAUUGAAAGUGUUAAGUCGGAGAAAAUAGCUUUUCAUACAUAUACAGCUAAUAGUGAUAAGUCACAUGCCUUUGUUCUCCGAGGUUUAGCUGAGGGAACGAAAAUACAAGCAAUAAAGGACAGUCUGGAAGAAGAGCACGAGAUAAUUGCAAAGGAGAAUGUAUUAUAA